AUGGAGACGGCGGCGAAAGCGUUUGAGCAGAAUGUGGCGAUAGAGGAAGGCAUUUUGGCGACGUCAGCCCCACUGGAGAUUAGUCAACUUGAUCGCGUUAUUUUACAGGUAAGUGAGGGCCUAGCAGGAUACCCAGAUCUCAGUCAACAGACGUAUGAGUUGCACACACAAUUAGUGGAAAAAAAAGCAAUUAACGCUGCAGGCGCAAUGCAAGGAAUGCUGGAUAUUUUGAAAAAUAAUAAAAAUGCGCUUGUGUACUUUAAAGGAAGCAUUGUCGGCAUGCUGACAGGUCAGCCGUUACCCCUGCGCCCUCCAUUCUUUGGCGGAACUAUGCCUGAGCCUGAGCCUGCUGCAGAAGCUGUUGUGGCUGUUGUUGAAGCGCUUGUAGCGGAAACAGCGUCAGCUGAAAAGUCGGGAACAACGUCGGCUGAAAAGGAUAAAUCGGUGAAGAGCGUCACAAAUGUUUCGAAUGAUAAUAAACUGGCACCAAUUUUUACCAAGCAAUUGAAAACUGCUCGCAAACGGUCAUUGGAAGAGACAGCAACAGGUGAAUCUGAAAAAGAAGAAAAACAGCCAAAAGCACAAAAAAUCAUCGAUCAGCCCAACAAAUGCAGUGCUGCACUUCCACUUCGAACAGCAUUGUCGGAGGAGACCAUCUAUGAGUCCAAGGAGGCUAAAGAACGAGCUAUCAAUCCAACAUAUACGAUUCCGACACAAUGGGAACACCUGUAUUUUAAACAAGUGGAAGUUAUUAAUGUUAAGAACCGCUUGGCCAAAGAAAAGAUCCAGGCAAAGCGUUUUGCUGGCGAACCAUUUGUGCUUGAAGGUCAUAGUGACUGGCUAAAGUUUGCGGACGGAUGGAUUAAGUCAGACGGAACGCUAGAUGCGGCGGCAUUUCUCAAAGGUAUUCACGAUGUUAAGGUACCGAUACUUGAGCGUAACUACGAAGAGCGCAACCCAAUUAAGACCCAUCUGCCAUUGAGCGAUUAUGUGACGAACUACUGGGAGCACGGCAAGUCGGACUAUUAUUUGCACCAGUGGCAAUUUCCGCUAGAUCCCAAGGCCGGUCCUUUGCUGUGCUAUAAGAGUGAGGAGCUACCUGUGCUUGGGGAUAACUUACUAUUGUACUGGCUUGACGCUGUGCGGGGUGACAAUCCUCUGCAAUAUCUUUUCAUGGGCCAGAAGAGUACGAGGAGUCGAAUGCACUUGGACCGAGGUGGUCUCGGAAUUACAAUUGCCCCUAUACUUGGGACAAAGCGAGUCACCAUGCUACACCGUUCAGCAGCAAAGUUAGAUUCAAUUCAUGAGACGGUCAACUUUCACGAUGUAGAUCUGGAUGCAAUUCCACAACUUGCCUUUUUACCUGCAUGGCGCGUUGAUGUGAACCCGGGCCAGAUCUUGUAUAUGCCUGAAGGCACAUUGCACGCGUGUGAGAACGUCACAGCGUGUUUGUCAUAUCACCGUUUUCACGUAGACACGGUGAACCUUCUAGCUUUCUUGCGCUCAUUUUUAGCGCAAGAUUCACCAACAAUUAAUCAUGCCGAGAUCCUGUGGAAUGCCGCACACGAUGUCAUGUCUGCUAUAGAGGACAUUUAUACUGGUAAUAACCAGGUUCUCGGCGAUGAAGUCAGUACGCUGCGCAAGCUAGAUACGAUGCGCGGGUUGCGCCAUGCUUGCCGCAUCUUGUCCUUAGAACAAGUGUUGCCAACAGAAGACUCGUGGGACUGGAAAAAGCUACUCGAUGACAUUGAUAACCUCUUGGUGCGUGUUGAUUUGAGUGCAAAGCUAAACAAGAAAAAGAAAUCCACUUUCACAAAAGCAAAAUCUGUGCUGAAUGGUGAGGAAAUAAAUGAAGCGAAGCAAAUUAUUGAGGCUGCGGCAAACAAAACGAAGCUGCCGGAUUCCAAAGUGAAAGCAACGGCAGCAAAUACUCACUGGAAUUCACUGCACUUGAAAGUUGGGGAUAUUAUUGGCGUGCAAGUCUUUGAAAAGCGCAAUCGUGCGGAGGUGCUGAAGGUAGUACACGACAAGAUACUCGUACAGAUUCACUAUUCCGACUGGGAGUCCAUCUAUGAUGAAUUCCUACCCAUAUCAUCUCUGUAUCAGCGUAAGAAGGGCAAGAAGGUUGCGUUGAAGAAAACUCCUGACGUGCAUGAUACAGUAAUGGCUCGUUGGGGGAGUAAAGGAGAUCUGUACAAUGCCAUUGUGCUCAAGGUCAUUCGAACUAAUGCUUGCUACGUACACUACCUCAAAUACGAGAAGGAUUGGGAUCAAUGGAUUUUACCUGGACACAUCUUUCGCAAGUACAAUGCCUAA